GCGGAGAAAUAAAGUGGGCGAGGUUUAUCUGUCUGUACAAGACAAAAGAAAACGUUAAACGAAAACAAAGCGGUCGCCUUUAUCUCCUGUCCAGUCUUUCCUGGACUGCUUCGCUUGUAUCUAAGUGCAGGGUUUUUUUAUGUUAUAGAUUUAUGUGCUGCGCUACGAUUAAAUGAAAAUAAGGAAACUCAAAUCUCUUAUACUGCUUAAUACUGCAAGACAAGAAAGAUAUAUUGCUAAAAACUAUUACUUAAGUUUAAUCCAGCGUUUUUUUAAUAGUUUAUAAACGCAUUAAAUCGGACUUUUGCGCAUAACGUUUUUCUGUGCAUUUUAAGUGUUUUUCCCGGAAAUGACUUUUGGACUUGACAGCUAACAGUUAACUUGCUGCAAAAUAUGGUCACCGUUAUACCAUCUUCUCUGUAAAAAAAUACAAUAUCUUAUGUGUCAGAAAACCGCUGCAGUCGGAGAUGAACGGGUUUCAGUCAGGUCCACCGGACUGUCCGACAGGAAGCGUCUGUGCCAUCGACGGUUUGCCACCGUUACCCAAAGGAUUAAGCGGCAUCUUGAACUCCAGCGGUGGAUCCUGGAGGGACAUUGAGAAGGUUUACAGCAAAAGGACCCGAAUCCAGGCGGACAUCAGCAAAUCCAGAGUCAGUGAUGCUCUCGGCCGCAGUAAACCCGCGAGCCUGGACGCAGCGCUGGCCAUACUGCGCAAAGAGAUGGUGGGGCUCAGACAGUUAGACAUGUCCUUGCUGUGCCAGCUGUGGUCUUUAUACGAGUCCAUACAAGAAUACAAAGGAGCUUUCCAGGACAUCUCCUCGUCCUUAUGUGAGAGCUCUUUCAACACAGAAAACGGCUAUUCUGAAGAUGAAGAGGAGGAGGAUGAAGAUGAAAAUGAAGGGGUGAGUGGGGAAACGCUGUUAUCACUGCCUCAACCCACUCAGAACUCUCGGGACCAGUGGAUCAAGGACUCUUUCCAGAUCCCCAUCUGAUCGAACCAUUUAACUUUCUGUAGUUACGGUUUAUCCAUUAUCCUCAUCUGUACUGUGCUAGACAUUGGGGUUUUUUUGGAUGCUGUACCCCUCAGAUUGAAAUAAGGCCUUUAUUUUUGUAGGAUACUAUUACAAUGGCGAUUGUAAGUUCACUUCAAUGGAACCUUUGAAAACUGCUUAUUGUACUGCCCGUGAAGUUAUAAAGACAGGAUAAGGACUGACAGGAAGAGGAUGUUAUGGACAGAAAAAGUGCACACUAGGGUGUUUUUUCUGUAUAUGGUAAAGGACACAAAAUUUCACCAAGAGUAUACGAGAUAUGCCUUACAGUACUCUUUUUUUUUGUAUGAAAUCACAAAUGUAUCAAAUGUCACAUCAUAUUCUGUUAUGUUUGUCACUGCCUGUAUUUAAGAUAUUGUUUAUUUUAUUAUAAAAGCAUAUUUUAUCACUACAUUUUUCUUAAUUAGUAAGUUAAUAAUGAACGUAUGCAUUUUUUAAAAAAUAAAAUAAAACGCCAAUCUUAAACAUU